UUCCAGCUGUCAAAUUGGCGGCGCCGUGCAUCGGCGAUUGGUGGCGAUAUUUUCGUGAUUAAGUUGAUUAUUAUGGAAUUAUUAUGGAAUUGUGUGUCUUAAUUGCUGCUUUUUAGUAAGAUUAUACUGUUAUAAAAUCAUGGCGAACCACUACGAGGUGCCCAGCUGGGCUGGCAAACCACCCACUGGCCUGCAUUUGGACGUGUUGAAAGGCGACAAACUAAUACAGAAACUAAUGUUAGAUGAGAAGAAAUGUUACUUAUUUGGCCGGAACCCCCAGAUGAACGACUUCUGUAUAGACCACGCCAGCUGCUCUAGAGUGCAUGCGGCGUUUGUGUACCACAAAGACUUAAACAGAGCGUUUUUAGUUGAUUUGGGAAGUACUCAUGGUACUUACAUUGGUAAAAUGCGUUUAGAAGCCCACAAGCCUACACAGCUGCCCAUAGACUCCAAUUUCCAUUUUGGGGCUUCCACAAGAAACUAUAUUAUAAGAGAGCGGCCGAUGGGCAACACAAGAGGCAUAAUGGAAGAACUCCCGAACACCGAGACAGAGGGCGCGCUCCUCGGCCUGCCCGAGACGCAGACCGAACUAGACAAUUUAACGGAAUUCAACACUGCACACAACCGGCGGAUCUCCAUGCUGGGUAUCUCGACGGACGACGGCAGUGACGUCAUGAAGCCACCAACGGGCACCAAACGGUCGGCAUCGACGCCGGCCGGCGGCGUGCUGAAGAAACAGCGCCGAAACGUCUCGUUCAACGAGGAGGUGGACAUCAUCAACCCCGAGGACAUCGACCCCACCAUCGGCCGGUUCAGGAACCUGGUCAAGAGCACUAUAGUGCCUAAUGCUAAUAAUCCGCCGAGAAAGCUCAAGCUACAGAGCGCUGAUGAUAGCCAACACCACCACUCGCUGCGCCUGCAGGAGAUCUCUCGCGGCGCGGCGCUGUACUCGGACCUGCCCGCGCCCAGCUCGCACCUCAGCCUCAUCGGCGCCAGACUGGGGCUGUCGCUGCCCAACCCGGCGCCGGACGUGGAGCUGGAGGGCCCCGAGCCGGCGCACCACGCGCAGCCGCCGCCGCCGCACGCAGCCGCAGAAGAAUCGGGCCCAUCCAACGAGCCAAAACGGAAGAAGUACGCCAAGGAGGCGUGGCCCGGCCGCAAGCCCGGCCUGCUGCCCGCCGUGUGAGACUGAGCCGUGCGAGCUGUGCCAGGCAUGCCAGGCGUGCCAGGCGUGCGAGGCGUGCGGGCCGUGCGAGGCGUGUGAGAAGAGAAUGCGUGCGGGGGUGCGGGCGCAACGCUCUAAUACAUGUAUUAUUAGUACAAACUGCACUUUUUGGAUUACCAUCUGCAAUCAGUCAAUCACUUUCUGACACUAUUUCAAGCCAUACAUGUGUUGCGGGACUUUUAUCCCCUAUAGUUCGUUUUUUUAGCAUUAGAAUUAAGGUAAACAAUCUUGAUGUGUCUUAAUUGAAAAACACAUUUUAAAAAUAAGUUACGGCUAAUAUGUAACAAUUAUGAAUCUAAUAUGAUCUUUUUUUUUAUUUUUUUUUUAUUAUGAAUGGGCUUACUCAUGGCCACAGACUAGCCGAGGCGUAGACGUGGCCUACGAUGGAGCGAGCUCGCCCAGAAGGUGCCUGUUCACUCUUGAUUUGAAGGUUGCCGGGUUAUAAGAACACGGAAAUAUAGACGCCGGCAAGGAAUUCCAUUCCUUGGCAGUGCGCAUAAGGAAAGUAGAAGCAAAGCGCUUCGUGCGAAUUGGUGGAAUAUCUACCAAGUAAGGAUGGAAACCGGCCGUGCGUCUAAAAGUCCGAUGGUAGAAUGGGGACGGUGGAAUAAGCUCGUGUAGCUCUUGGGCACACUCCCCGAAGUGCAACCUGUAGAAUACCGACAGGCUGGCGACUUUCCGCCGAUGGGCCAAAGACUGAAGCUUAGCCGUUAGCUUCUUGUCGCCAAUCAUCCUCCUGGCUCUGCGCUCCACUGAGUCCAAAGCGGCGAGUUGGUAUUUAGCUGAGCCAUCCCACAGGUGGCUGCAAUACUCCAUACACGACCGGACUUGAGCUUUGUAAAGUGUUAGAAGCUGUCCAGGUGUGAAGUAUCGCUUCACCUUAUUUAGGACGCCCAGCUUUCUGGCCGCAGUUUGUGCUUUAGACUCAAUGAAGCUGCCGAAGCUGAGGACUGAACUCAGCUCCAUGCUGAGGAGUUCCAGGCUGUCGGCAAUAGGUACAGAUGCACCCCGGAAAGAAGGAGUCAGGUCGAAUGGACUCCGUUUUGCGGAAAAUAGACACGUCUGCGUUUUCAUUUAUAUUCUUCUGCUUUCAUAAAUAAUAGUUUUUGAUAAGCGUUUUUCAAUUAAAAGACAUGUCUAGAUCGCUUACCUUCUUGCAAGUUCUUUCUAAUGCUAAAAAAACGAACUAUAGUGUCUUUAGCAUACCCCGGCCGGCGAGAGCAAAAAUGCGUCUGCUCCUAGUGCUUAAUUAAAUAUCGACUAUUCUAUCGACAUAUGGAUGUCGAUAGAAUAGUCGACUUUUAAUUAAGCACAAUUUUUUUUUUAAACUGAGCCAUUAGUAUUUGUUAUUUAUUUCAACUUGAUACCUCCACGCGUUUCUAAGAAUAACCCUAAAACAAUUUUCUAUCAACAUAAAAUUAUUAUUAUUAUAAAGUUAUUCACAAUAAGUAUCAGAAUGUGUUGAAGAAGAAAGUUGGCAUUUUAACUUUAAACAAUUUAAAUAAAUUGAUAUCUGGCAGAGAAGUGGAACUACCUAAUACAGAACAAAUUCAUAAUCACUAUGAAUUAUUUCGUUUUGCUCCGAUUACUACAGUAGAUUUAGAACGGUCCUUUAGUUGGAUGAAAUGGAUUUUAUCGGCAAGGCGAAGGAGUUUAAAAUCAGAAAAUUUAGAAAAAAUGCUAAUUGUAUAUUACGAAAAUUACAUAAAAUACUGAAUAAAUACAAACACUUGGUUUUAAUUUUGUUUACAACAAUAAUUAAUACUUCUGCAUAUCAUAACGGUGGUCCAGUACAUCGUGUUGUUUUUAUCGACAUCGACCAAAAUGUGUGUCCUCGCACUAUUAAGCUGUCAACGCAUUUUUGCUCUCGCCGGCCGGGGUAUGGUCUUUAGUUUUUAAACUAAACUCAUCCAAAGAAACGAGAGUUAGACCAAGAUCUAGAGUUAGAUCAAGACCAAGCCUGUAUCGAUUUAGGCACAUGCAGUGAAAGUGUUAUUUAUACGUCAUAAUUUCAUAGAAGUCUGACGUUUAAAAUAACACUAGCAUUCCGUGUGCUAUCAAGAAUCACUCUAUUGAUAUGUGAAAACCUCAUGAAAAUCCGUUCAGCAGUUUUUGGGUUUAUCGCGAACAUACAUACCUACACACAAACAGACAUACGCGGCGGGGGACUUUGUUUUAUAAGGUGUAUAUAAGUUGAAUUUUAUAACUGCUAUGUAAAGUAACAAUGUGAUCAAACAUAUUAGAAUGUUGCGCCCGCGCCUAACUUUUCAGCAUAAUACGGAUAGAAAGGACUAUCACAGAUGAUGUAUGUAGCUAAUAAGCUAAACUAUGUAAUUUUAUAAAUAUUACUAUAAGUUGA